GAGUUUGGGAGCUGAUGGAACAAAAAAAGGAUUUUAAAUCGAAUUUUUUUUUCUGUUUUCUCUCUUUUUUAGCGAUUUUGUUGCUGUGCCAAAGAUACAGAAGCAAAGAACUGAUUAAAGAUGCCUGAGCAACUCACACACGCUACUAUUAAAGACGGAUGGUUCAGAGAGGUCUCUGACGAGCUCUGGCCCGGUCAGGCUAUGACUCUCCGCGUGAACGAGAUCUUGCACGUCGAGAAGUCAAAGUACCAGGACGUUCUCGUGUUUGAGAGCUCAAACUACGGAAACGUGCUCGUGCUCGAUGGUGUUAUCCAGGCCACCGAGCGUGAUGAGUUUGCGUACCAGGAGAUGAUCACGCACCUCGCCAUGUACAACCACCCCAAUCCCAAGCGCGUGCUCGUCAUCGGCGGCGGCGACGGCGGUGUUCUCCGCGAGGUCGUGAAGCACGAGUGCGUCGAGGAGGCCGUCCUCUGCGACAUUGACGAGUGCGUCAUCCGCGUGUCGAAGAAGUACCUUCCCUCGAUGGCCGUCGGUCUGCAGCACCCCAAGGCCAAGGUCCAUGUCGAGGACGGCUUCAAGUUCCUUGCGCAGUACAAGAACCACUUUGAUGUGAUUAUCACCGAUUCCUCGGACCCCGAGGGCCCUGCCGAGUCGCUUUUCCAGAAGCCGUACUUUGAGCUCUUGAACGAUGCGCUGACCGAGAACGGCGUCAUCACUACCCAAGCUGAAAACAUCUGGCUUCACAUGCCCUUGAUCCGCGACCUCAAGAAGGCGUGCGGCGAAGUCUUCCCAGUGGCCGAGUACGCCUACACGACGAUCCCGACCUACCCUUCGGGCCAGAUCGGAUUCAUGGUCUGCAGCAAGGACGCGAGCCGCAAGGUCAACGAGCCCCUGCGCAUCAACAACCUCGAGGAGGAGAAGGACAAGUUCAGAUACUACAACGCCGAGAUCCACCGGGCGUCGUUUGUCUUGCCUACCUGGGCCCGCACUUUCUUGAACGAGAAAUAAGUGCAUAGAUUGUUUUGUGUGUUGCGAAAAGUAAGAGACAAAAGUAGUUAUUGUCUUGUGGGUUCUUUGUAUUCUUAUUAGUAGUGUAAGGCUUGAAGCCGUGGGUUCAUCAAAAUUGAAUAUUAUUCUACAACU